AUGGACGUGAUCAAACACGGACCCUGCAGCUUUUUCAUAUUUCUGCUUUGGAUUAAAGGUUUUAUUGAUGGGAGUGAUGUCAACCAGACCCCCAUACUAUUGAAGAACCAGGGUGACAAUGCAACUAUAGGAUGCAACCACACCAAGGGCAUCGACUACUUCCAGAUGUACUGGUACAGACAGCUGCCUGGAGAAAAUAUUAAACUAAUUGUGUUCACAACAACAUCUAAAAACGACUUUGGAGAUUUCGACAAAAAGAAAUUCUUAGCCACUAAACCUGAUAUUCAGAGCGGGACAUUCACAGUGGAGAAUCUGGAGCCUGGAGAUCAAGUGAUGUGCUCUCAUCCACAGAACAAGAAAGCUGGUGCUAGAGUCUCUGUUCUAAAUGUGUUGAACAUGAUCUUUAUGGUCUUAUUGUUUUGUUUCCUUCACCUGCCAGGAAACACCGCAGGAGCCUCUGACACCAAACGUGUGGACCAAACACCUCCGUUCAUCAUAAAGAGAACUGGUCAAUCUGUUGACAGUGAGAUCAACUGUGCACACAGCAUAACAGAUUAUCAGCAAAUUCUCUGGUACAAACAAGACAAACACAAGUUAAAGUUCCUGGGAUAUCUAAAUCUGGAUAACCCAAACACUGAGGACGACGUGAAGGGGAAAAUCAGCUUUAAAGGAGACGGCCGCAAACACUCAAACUUCACCAUUUCUAAUGUUUCACUGAAUGACAGUGGUGUGUAUUUCUGUGCUGCCAGUUACCACAGUGCUGCAGAUUCUCCUCAAGUCAAUACAAAAACCUUCCAGUCAAUACCCAACCCCAGACACACAAGACUUUCAGGCCCCUGAACACCUGCAGCCAGCCUCCA